AAGAAGAAGAAGAAGAAGAAGAAGAAGAAGAAGAAGAAGAAGAAGGUGGCAGCUGUGAACAGAGCUCUCUCGCCCUGAUUGCCUUGUGUGUCCCGACUGGUUGAUUAAUCGAUCACCUUCCUGUGACGUACCGCCAUGUCGUCAAACAUCAACAUCUCCCUGGAGAACCCGUACGGCGAUGUGACCAUUCCCCGGGCCAAGCUCCGCCCCUCCGACGACAUCGCCACAGUGAUAGCCAAUCCGAUGGCUCUCAGCAGUAACGACGAGAACCCAUACGGCGUGUCCAGCUCCGCCCCCCCACCGCCAUACGUGGUGAAGGAAGCCGGAGGGGAGGAGGAGGAGGGGAGGAGCCGCGUCUGCUGCUACCGCUGCAGGAGGAGGAAGUGAUGUCACAGCGACAGGAGGACUGUGAUUGGCUAGGAUUUAUUUAUUUCCUGUUUCCUUCCUUUCACCGAGGAAACAACAAAGGAAACAAGGAAGCAACUGAGGAAGAAAGAAUGAACAGAGAAAUAAAUGAAGGAAAGGUCAUGCAGUUGUUUCCUCAGUGGCGGCCAUUUUGUGUCUCUAAUCAGCUCAAAAUUAAAAAACUUGAAGCUUCCUGUUGGAGUUUAAACAUACUGAGUGUGUGAGCAGUCAGCGGAACCCGAGACGGAGACAGGCAGUAAAACUCCGUCCUGUGUCGGACCUGAACCCGAGGAGACAUUUAAAAGACUUUCUUUUGCCACCAGACUCCAUUAAUAAAAUAAAAACAUUGAUUUGAGCUCAGUUAGCAGCUAGCUCAGUUAGCAGUUAGCAGUAGCGGUAAGCUAACAGUUGAGGCAGGAAAAAACAGUAAAUAUAUUUUUAUAAAACAAAAACGAACUAAUCACUUCCUGUCCUCCAUCUGCCACCACAACAGUGACCUGGCUUCAUCUUCAUCUUCAUCAUAAAUAUAAAAUCAGAUUUGUAACAUACAAAAUGGCCGCCACUGAAUUGUGACACCCAUUAAUGUUAAUUUCUCUGCUGAUGAAACGCUUUGAUGCAAUUUCAGAGAUAUUAGAAUAAAUAUUCAGUUGUUAUUGAUUCAUUAUUGAUUCAGAUUUUUCAUCAGGAAACAUUUUGGAAAUUAUUUUAAAUGAGUGUAAAAUGAAAUGUUUUUGUAUAAAGUUUAUAAAUUUAUGAAAACAGAUUUUAGAUUUUUGUUUAUGAUCAUUUUAUGAACACAUUCUGCUAACGAACAACUUGUGAGGGGAGAUGUUUUUGUACUUUAUAUAUAUUUUAUAUUUUAGCCACUGUUUCAGAAGAAAUUAUUAUUUGUUUCAGGAAGUGUUGCAAAGUUUCCAUAAAGUAUUUAUAUUUUUUCAUAACAAUGACUUUGAACAUUUUAGUAUGAAGGAGUUUUAAAGUAUAAAUGCAAGAAAAAGUCUCUUUAGAAAAUAAUAUGUGGAAUCAAAUGUGUUAAUUGAUAUUGUUUGGUGUCACUGGGGAUCAUUAUUGUAUUAAACAUAUUAACACCA